AUGACCGGUCCGGAUCUGGUUUCUGCUCGGCAUGAGUCAGGCCAGUCAACCUCUGGCGAUAAUUCUAGAGCUAGCAACGCUGAAGCCAACAAUGCAUCAGACGGUACAUCUUAUGUACAUGAAAAGUCCGAGGCAGGUUUUGCUUGGAUCGAUGGAGAUGUCAGGGGGACCGGUUACAAUGAUACUUUUGUCGACAUCAUCACGGUGCCUUGUCCCGGGGCCUCGGCUGUCGAGACCUGGACGAGGGACGCCUUAGAUGACGGCUAUUUUACUUCGCCGCCGAACCAUCCUGAGAGGUACCCGACAGCGAAACAGUUGCCGGGCAGCAGUAUUCUUUCUCCGGCCAUUGAUCGGCUCUUGCCCAGAGCCACGGACUUGUGGGUUCGACAAGGCAUACGCACCGAGAUCAACACCGCACGGGUCUUGCUUUACACGCAUCGCGAACUGAGUGACGAUCUCACCUUCGAACAAUUAGCCGAUGAUCUGCUUGAUCAUCUUUGUCGAAUGCGCGAAGGACAUCAUGGUGCCCGCCCGAUGUUUUUCAUAUGCCACAGCAUUGGCGGCCUGGUGGUUAAACAUGCACUCGCAAAGGCAAAGAGAUCGGAAAGCCUACGAUGGAUCAUCUAUGACUCCCAUGGGGUCACAUUCUUCGCUACGCCUCAUAGAGGGUCCAGCUACAUGUCCAUGCCCAAUCUUCGUGAUAGCAUACAGCACCUACUAUAUCUAUCACAACCUUUGCCUAGAUCAAUGAGUGAUGAGCUUCGCCUGAAUCAUCGACCUUUGAUUAAACUGCAUGAAGAGUUCAUGGAUAUCGCGAGCGAGAUGCACAUAUGGACGUUCUACGAGACCAUAGAUUCACAGCUCUCUGGUCUCGGCGUCUCAGGUAUGGACGAGGUGCACUUCAGCGCCCCGCUCGCCUCAAUCAAGUCCUCGCUGGUAGGAAGUCGGCGCGAACAAGCAUUCUCUCUCGAGAGCGAACACGCCAAAUGUGCAUCCUUUGGGACCAGGAACAGUCGAAUCAUGGACUCGUACCUGGAAGAUCUCAGCCAAGCAGUUCAGAAGGCACAAAAUCUGAGCGCGGCCUACGUACACACUCCUCUAAGACUUGCUGAACAUGUCAAGCUGGAGCUUAUUGGCUUCUAUGAUGAUCCUGACCCGGAAACUAUUUCUGACGUGAGGCUGUACGUCUCGAAACAUCCCCUGAACGAAUUCCUGGAGAAGGGCCCCGAGAAGUGUUUGAGUGAACGGCUCAACACGGUCUCCACAAGGCCGCGCCGCGGAAGCACUGCGAGUAAUGCAGCGCCUGGCAGGCCGUUGAGCUCCGGCGGAUUCGGUCAUCUAGGAGUCAGCGCUCUUGGUAUCUGGAGCAACGUGCAGGGCUUUGGGCAGCAAAUCAUUGGUGGAGGGCGUCAUCGUCCCGAUGGCACACCCGACACACAAGAGCAAGCCGAAGGGCCGGAAAUUGUAGUUAAGCGCCCAUCGAUCACAGACAUGCGAUCGUCGGCCUCUGAACCAGUCAUGAUGCCGCGUCGCGGUCGUGGUCUCACGGUUCCGGCCCUCGCUACGCCCGGAUUCCACGGGCCGAGCAGUCGGAGUACUACUCUGGACAGCGAGGCAGGCAAUGCUACAAUCUUGCGACCCACGUCAGGCCGUGCAGACUCCCAAGUUUCGCCUCGCACCAACGAAAGCUCGGCGCCACUCGACGCGAAGCUCGCUCGGGAAGCUGUCCCUGGCCUUGAUGAGCAAGAUUUUGACCGGAGGACUAGAAGCCGAGACGGUAGGAUUAGCCACGCAUCGGCAAUGCAAGAUCUGACCGCUGGUUUCUCGAGACCUGAUCCGACAAGGAGGAAGUUCAUGUGGAUUCACUUGCCGUACACCAAUCCACAUUGGGUGAAAAAGAUUUUUGACAAGCUUUCCGAGACCCAACAACGCAAUUACACCAAUCUGAUGAGGAACGAGUAUUGGACUGACAGGCAUGUACAAGGGCGGCACGGACAAGCUCAUGCAUCAUAUGUUAGACCUGGUUGCGGUUUCAUACCAGCGGAAGCACACUCCCCGCGCCCUCCAUCGCCACGUUCAAGCGGACGAAGCAGUCCCGCACUCAACAGCCCAAACCACUUGUACUUGUAUCUUCCCUAUCUGCACUUCGAUACUUAUGCGAAUCUCAUUCGGCGGCGUAGUGUUCUGCUUCGUCGACUAGAUCAUGGUAGGGCUAGGCCUGUACCGGAGGACGUCUCUGAGUUGUCGUUGGAUAUGCGUGUCAUCUGGGAGUUUAUUGGCCACGAUCCACCGCUGAACACUAGACGAACCUUGGAUCAGUACGGAUAUCCAUCACUUCGUGAUACAUACGCCCGGGACGACGACCAGAUGCUGUAUAAGCUCACCAAGGAGAGGGUCGCCGAGCCUUUUGAUAGGAAAAGGACCGACAUGUUGGGCACGCGGGCUCUGAAGGAGCAGUCGCCCGUUUCCCCCGCAGACCGAUUCGCGUCUAUUGUCGGUACCGUCAAAGCCGACCUGCUCAUAAAGGACCACCGUGAAACAGCUGCCGAGGUCGAGGACGACAUUCUCGAUGGCAAUAUUCUCAUGGUCGACCAAUUAUGGCUCUGGGCGGUCGACAUGACUACGCUUACCACAUUCUUUCCGAAGAGAGAAUCACACCCUACGGAGGGGCCGAUGUUUCAGCAGGCCGACCUUAGGAACAGCGUCUAUAACGAGUUGAAUGGUGAUUUGACAGGUCGCUGCGAGAAUGCGUUGGAUCUAGCAGCCUUCAUCACGCUGCAUGCCAUCACCCGCAUGACCUCAUCGCUCAAGCGGUUUCGGAUGCAGACAUUUCGCGACCGUAUCCACGACUCGGACGAUUCGGACGACACCGAGUACGAAGACAACCGCUCCCAGUCCAUCAAGCAGCGACAUAAGCGCGAGAUCGAACAGGCCGAGCGCGAGAACCGGGAAAAUACGUCGGCGCUGCUCGAGCUCCGUGAUAUGGACGACGAGCUCAAGACCCUGUGCAACCUCUUUAGAGAACAGACGGUUGUCGUGGAAAAGAUGCGCGACUUGUACGGCAAAGACGACCUGCGGGAACACACGCAGAACGGACGGCGCUAUCUCGACGAAGCACUUUCUCGGCUGGCAGAUUAUGAGAAGCAAGCCGAAGACAUGGUGGUUCGGAUCGCGGCCACCCGCACGGACUACGAGAAAAUGCUCGAGAUGGUACAGCGCAAGGCGCAGGUGGACGAGGUGCGGUGGAGUCGUCUGCAGACGGAGCUUGCAAGCACGCAGAACCUGAGCGUAAUCAUCUUCACCACGUUCACCGUCAUCUUCCUGCCCCUUAGCUUCUUCACCAGUCUGUUCGGCAUGAACACCGCUGACUGGGCCGGUGAGGAUGACAACAACUACAUAACCCUACACAGUAUCGGGGCCAUAUCUCUGCCGAGCUCUUUCGCUCUCAUAGCAUUGGCGCUGGUCGGGGCGUUCAGUAGCCGUGUUCAGGGUCUGGUGAAGUCUACUUUCAGAGCACUGAUGUCCGGGUGGAAUGGUACCAAAGACAGGGUCGAAAGGAUGAGGUCGGACAAACAUAAAGAAUCAAAACUAGUCAACAGGCGGGUAGAACAGGAGCGGGACCAGCUACGUAGGCGGCGGAGAGAAAGGGGCUACGAUUUCUGGGAGACGGUGCGGUUGGAGCGGAAGAGUGAAUAUCAGAUUCCCGAGCUGAACCGGAAAGCGGCGACCAGAAGGCGUUUGGCGGGAAAGGGAGCACGCAGAAGUCGUUGGAGAGAUCAAUCAGUUUAG